AUGGCGUCGAAAAACACUAGCGUUGCAGCUGACCUAAAGGGUGGCAAGGUGAAUUUUGACUAUUUGAAGAAGAACAACAUGGACAUUGCGGAUUUGGUCAAGAUGGCUCGAAAGGGCAAGGAAGCCGCUGCAGACGAUGAAAGUGACGAGAGCUAUUAUGAAGAAAUCAUCGAGGAAGAAGUGAUUGAAGACGAUAUGGUGCUGUGGAAGAGAACCGCCAACAUGCCAUCGAAUUUUCAGAUUCCUCAGUUCCAAGCCAAGAAAUCUGCAUCACCGCCAAAACCACCCAAAAAGAAGAAGAAAAAGAAAAAAGAAAUUGAUGGUUCCAAAUUGCUGCUCUUGCAGUCUGCAGAGCAAAAAUUGACGGAUGCUAGCAAAAAAUUUCGGGAAGCUCUUCAAGAAGGAGCAGCCAUUGUCUCUCUUUUAGAAUUUAUGCUGGCGGAUGUUGACUGGGACGACGACGAAAUCGAAGAAGUCGAUGGUGAUACCUGGGAAACUCGCUCUACCUUUGUCAGUACCAGUGCCGAGGCCAAAAGCAUUAUUGAUCGAUUGGAAUCGGCGAAACAUGAGUUGAUGGGGACAAGAAAUAAACAAACAGCUCCACCACCAGCACCUGCUCCUUCUAAACCAGCCCCACCACCUGCUCCUUCUAAACCAGCCCCAGCACCUGCUCCUGUUACCAGGGCGGCAUCUGCCCCAUCAACAAUAAAACAACAACAGAAACCAGCCACCCGGCCUUUGUUGGGAAGCCAUCGUGAACCCAGUUUUAGGGCACCUGAUUUGGCUACACUGGAUGAAGAAGAGACAGAACACCAAAGUACAGCCAGCAGCAGUAGUGCCAGUGCGGGUAGUGGAGGUCCUCCUCCACCACCACCACCUCCGGCUAGUACAAAGAAAAAUAAUGACCUGGAAAAGGCCAAGAGUGAAAUGCUUAAAUUUGCCCAAGAGGGCAAGAAACUGGCAAACAAGUUGACAUCGCCCUUGAAGACCACAUCCAGUGCCAGUGACGAAAUGGCAAAAGCCAAAGCUUCCAUGAUGGCAUUUGCCAAAGAAGGGGCUGCUCUCGCUGAUAAUCUUUUAGAGUCUCGGUCGGAUCAUCGUCCAAUGACAAAGAAAACGACUCCUCAACAAGCGGCUGUUGCAGCGAGCAACGUCGAAGUGAUGCUGCAUGAACCCAAAAAGGAGGAAAAAGAAGAACCUAAAGUUGAGGAAGCAAAGAUUCCUCCUCCUCCGCCACCACCCGAAGAACCAGCCAAGGCCGAAGAAUCAAAGGACAAGAGUCAACAACCUGUCGAAACCAAAGAUGCAUCAGCUAUAUCAGGAGAAACCCCACAACUGCCACUUUCACCACGCGAUAUUCAAAAGAAGGAAAUGAAUGAAGCCAAGAAAAUGUUCUUGGAUGCAGCCACGCAGGGUGCUUCCUUGGUGACGGCAUUGGAAACCAAAAUUGUCGAACAGGAGGCUGCCGAAACCGAAAAACAAGCUGAUCCCAAUGACAACACGGGCAAUAAGGACGCUGCGGAGAAUGACAACAACAAUACAGAACAUGUCGGUCAAGCCGAGGUAGCUCAGGCUCGUGAUUCCUUUAUGCGGCUGGCGCAGCAGGGAGUCGAUUUGGUCAAUCAACUGGAAAAGAAGAUAUCCACGCCCGUAGCUGCUACUGAUGCAGAACAAACGGCAAUAGAUGCCAGCGAACGUGACGAGGCAAUCAAGAAGGAGCUCACCAAAGCAGGAGACUUCUUCUUGGAAACGGCCAAGGAAGGAGCUCAACUGGUGCAAAAGUUGGAAACCAAACUGGAGGAGACUGCACAUGGGAAGGAAACGAGCGAUACAACUGAUAGUGCGGGGCAUGAUUUGGAGCUAGCGAACAAACGAACUUCAUUUUUGGCUGCCGCGGAGGAAGGUGCUAAACUGGUGGCCCAAUUGGAGGACAAAAUAUCUCAUGCAACUGUCGAAGCAGGGCAGACUACUACCGAACAAUCUGAAGAAACUACCGCGAAACCAGAAAACGAUGAGGCAAAGGCAGCUGCAGAGGAUGCAUCCAGCCCUCCAGACGCGGUAGCUUCUACCGAACAAUCUACAGAAUCCCCCGCGAAACCAGAAAGCGAGUCGGAGGCUGCUACUACUACUACUGAGCAAGCUGCAGAAACCGCCGCGAAACCAGAAAAUGAAUCGGCAACGGAAAAUGGUGCAACCGCCCCUCCAGAUGAAGUAUCUUCGAAGGCAGCCGAUGAAAUAAAUUCAGCGGAGACUCUAUCCGCGGAACCCACCGCUGCUCCAUCCCAGGAGAACGAAACCAAGCCAUCCGAACCAACAGCAGGAGAGGAGGCCGAGGUGGCAACGACCGAGAAACCGACGGCGCCACCGACGGACCAAGAUGGAGCCAGUUCUAGCGAACAGACAGGUGCCGCCGAUGGAUCAACCGAGCUGGACAACAAGGAGGCGUCCGGAGAAAACGAUGAGGCGAAGGCAGACCCCAAUGGAGAGACUCCAGUUGAAACAAAGGACAAAACAGAAGCCGGCACCGGAGAAGCUGCGAAAUCGGAGGAAGCCGACAAAACAGGUGAUGCAGAGGAAAAAGCGACGCCUUCUGAAGAAGGUGUAGCAGGAGAAAAAAACCAAGAAGAAUCACUCCCAUCCAAGGACACGGCUGAAGAAGGCAAAGACAACGGAUCAGAAGAACCGGGAGCCCAGGAUAGUGUAGAAAAAGAAGCAGAGCUGUCACCAGAAGAGCAAAAGAGAAAAGCCGAAGAAGCAAGGGAGCGUCUCGCGCGAGAACGACUCCUAGCAUUUUAUCGCCGCUUCAAUCCGAACUUGGCACCAAAAGUCGACAAGAUUAUGGAAACCUACAAAGGUCGCAUAGAUGAGCUCAAUGACAAAAUGAAGAAGAAAUAUGGUGAGGGAUUCAUGCCAGAGUCGCAGUCGCAAGACAAGAACAAAGCCGAGUCAAAGGAUGAUAGCAAGGGCGAUGCAGAAGGCGGUGGCGACGAUAAGAGAGGGUCUGUCAAAGUGAGCUCGGCAGAUAUUCUGGCUCUUCGGGCAAAUGCAACAGAUUCAUUCGACAGUGCAUUCGACAGUGUAGAGGGUGAUGAUGCAGGGAAGACCCAACCGACAACCUCGGAACCAACAGCUGAUUCGACAAGUGGCGCCGCUAGCGAAGCAAACACCGGCACCCCCGAAGGUGUUGCUGGAGGCGAUGGUGAAGACGGCAAACAUCCCGAGAACGGCGACACAGUACAGCAACCUGCUGCAGAAAAAUCUGCCGAGGCAGCAAUCAGCGCAAAGGAUGAUCUGGAUAAGGCGAAGCAAUCAUUUCUGGCUGCUGCACAAGAAGGGGCAUCAAUGAUAUCACAACUAGAGAAGAAACUCGAAACAGACCAGGAGCCCAAAGAGGAUGGUACGAAAGUUAACACGGAAGCCGAGGGCGAGAUGGAAAACAAUGGCGUCAAAGAGGAAGGACUUAUGACUAAGGCGCGGCAGUCAUUCCUAGCUGCUGCAAAGGAAGGGGCCGCCUUGGUAGCAAUGUUGGAAGACCAGGGCCAAAAAGACAAACCAACAAAAGAAGAGACGGAUGUUCUCCACACUAGCAAGAGCUUCAUGGAUGCAGCUUUUCUUGUCGAUAAAUUGGACAAGUCAGCCAAACGCAGCUCCGUUGUUUCAGUCAAGGAAGUUGCAGAGGAAGUGGAGCUUGUGGAAGAGGAAGUCGUCGAAGAUGAAGUGGAGGCUGCGAAGAAGGCAUUGUUGCAGUUUGCGAAGGAGGGCGCUUCAUUAGUGUCCAAGCUGGAAAGCAAGUUCUCUGCUGACGAGAAGGCCGAGGAAGACGAAGAGAUCAUUGAGGAAGUCGUUGAGAGUGAUGACGAGCGAGCAGACUUUCUUCAAUCUGCUAAAGCAGACUUUCUGGCGUUUUCCAAAGGCUUGGACAAGAAGCUGUAG